AUGCUUAGUCUGGCUAUCGCGCCAUCUCGUUUAAUUUUUCAGGCAUUUAGCGCAUUGCCACCGUUUGCUAUUGGACUAUUCGAUCGUGUCUGCUCUGAGGCCUAUUGUCUGAAGUACCCCACCGUCUACUCUGGUGUGCAGGAGGCCUACCCCUUCAAUUUUAAGGCUUUCUUGCGAUGGAUAUUCAACGCGGUCUUCCAUUCUCUUGUUCUUUUCGCUAUUCCAGCCGCGGCGUUUCAUACGGCCAUUUGGGGCAGCAUGAUUUCUUGGUUCCUCUUCCUAGCAAUCUACCCCGAGGUCUAUCCUACUUUACCGCUGGCAGCUGAAAUGGUCGGAAUGGUGAGUAUUUGCAUAUUUUCCCAUAGGAUUUGCUUUGCUGUAAAAAUGAUCGUCUUUUAA